CCGGUGGGGUGUGGCUACGGGAGCCGGGCGGGCACGUUACGAACCUAGGCUGGGGCCACGGCAGCGGUGAAGGAUGCACCCGGCAGGGUUGGCGGCGGCGGGGACGCCCCGGCUGCGUAAGUGGCCCUCGAAGCGGAGGAUUCCUGUGUCCCAGCCAGGCAUGGCUGACCCCCACCAGCUUUUCGAUGAUACAAGUUCAGCCCAGAGCCAGGGCUACGGGGGUCAGAGAGCACCUGGAGGCCUGGGCUACCCCUCAGCCUCCACCUCGCCACAGGCAGCCUUCCUGGAUGAUCCUGUGUCCAACAUGGCCAUGGCCUACGGGAGCAGCCUGGCCGCUCAGGGCAAGGAGCUGGUGGAUAAGAACAUUGACCGCUUCAUCCCCGUCACCAAACUCAAAUAUUACUUUGCUGUGGACACAAUGUAUGUGGGCAAAAAGCUGGGCCUGCUCUUCUUCCCCUACCUGCACCAGGUUUCUCCCUUCCCUCUGCUGCCCUGGCACCCUCUCCCCUCUGGGUGGGCAUGUCUGAGGCCAGGAUUUCGAUGCGUGGAAGCCCAAGAUGGCCCUUCCUCCUCUGACCAGUGUUUGUUUUCCAUAGCGAUGGCUUUCAUCACCUAUGUCUUGGUGGCUGGCCUUGCACUGGGGACCCAGGAUAGGUUCUCCCCAGACCUCCUGGGGCUGCAGGCAAGCUCGGCCUUGGCCUGGCUGACACUGGAGGUGCUGGCCAUCCUGCUCAGUCUCUACCUGGUCACUGUCAACACCGACCUCACCACCAUCGACCUGGUGGCCUUCUUGGGCUACAAAUAUGUCGGGAUGAUUGGCGGAGUCCUCAUGGGCCUGCUCUUUGGAAAGAUUGGCUACUACCUGGUGCUGGGCUGGUGCUGUGUGUCCAUCUUUGUGUUCAUGAUCCGGACGCUGAGGCUGAAGAUUCUGGCAGAGGCAGCGGCCGAAGGGGUCCCAGUGCGCGGGGCCCGGAACCAGCUGCGCAUGUACCUGACCAUGGCCGUGGCGGCGGCGCAGCCUCUGCUCAUGUAUUGGCUCACCUUCCACCUGGUGCGGUGAGGGCGCCUCCCGCUGCCGCUUCAGGGCGCCUCUCUAUCGCCUCACUCCUCUCCGCCCAGGUCCCAGGUCCGCCCAGCCUGGGCCGGCGCCGCCCCCGCCCCAGGCCCGCCCUCCUCUGCAGCGGGGCUGGGAAAUCUGCGGCUGCUUAGGCGCGGCCUCUGUUACAGAAACAAUAAACCCUGAUGGGCUUGG